AUGAUCAACCCCGUUGAUCCUCCAGUCCGUGAGAUUUACAUGCAAGUCCUCAUGGGUUCAAAUUUAUCAGGAUCAUCAUGCACUAUGAAUAAGGAGAUGAAUAAGCACAUAUUGGGACGCUUAGUCGAUGCUUUCCUGGGUAAUCUUUGGGAGAUACUUAACUGCAGUACCAGUUUAAUGGAUUCUAAGACAGAUGAAAUACAUAGAGUCUACGAGGGACUGAGAUUCUUGAGAACCAUUCUAGAAAACCAGUAUGAGAACUUUGAUGAUCUACCUGAAAAAAUGAAGGAUAUUAUUGGAGCUUCUAUUGGUGAGGCAAGAAAUGUGAUUUACUCACUUUUUAAGCACGAACUGAAAGAGGGUUCUGCCAGGGAAAUGGAUAUUGUUCUCUUUGCUUUCCAAGAAAACAUUAAGCUUAUUGAGGCAGAAGUAUCCGACAAAUAUGCAGUAACAGAAACAUUUCAAUCACCCAGUACAAUCCUGGAAGAUAUUAAGCUUGUUAAUAUAGAAGCUAUAGAGAUUGAUGAUGAAAAUUACAGCUUUGAAGCUGAAAAGACUAUCCAGGCCUUACAGCAUUCACAAUCACAAAGGACUAUACCAACAUUCAAUCAAGUUGUGGUGGGAUUUGAUGAUGAGGCCGAGCAAAUAAUCUGCCGACUUACAAGAGGAUCGGGACAGUUGGACAUUGUUUCGAUUGUUGGCAUGCCUGGACUGGGUAAGACAACAUUAGCUAACAUAGUUUAUCAUGAUCCUUUCAUUAUAUGCCACUUCCAGAUUCGUGCUUGGUGUUGCAUUUCUCAAGUAUAUGGAAAGAAAGAUGUCUUAAUUCAGAUAUUGGUUUGCAUUCGUCCUGUGGGUGCUAAUGAAUAUUCUGGGAUGAAAGAAGAUGAUCUUGCUGAAGAGCUCUAUCACAGAUUGAAGGGAUACAGGUACCUUGUUGUUCUGGAUGAUCUUUGGGACAUUGAGGCCUGGAAUGGGUUGGAAAGGUUGUUCCCAGAUGACGCCAAUGGAAGUAGAAUUCUUUUAACAAGUCGAAUUUCUAAGUUGGCUUUGGAAGUUAAACCUGCAAGUAGACCUCUCCAUCUCCGCCAACUUACCGAUGAUGAGUGCUUGGAAUUACUACAGAAGAAACUAAUAGAAAGAGGAGGAUAUCCUCCGGCACUAUUGCUACUUGGAAAGCAUAUAGCAAAAGGUUGUAAAGGGCUACCUCUAACAGUUGUGAUCGCAGCUGGAAUUCUUGGAAACUUAGAGCAAGAUGGUUGGGAAAAAGUGGCAGAAAGUCUUAGUUCAAGCAGUGUUUGCGGCACAGAACAUUGCAUGCAUAUGUUUGAGCUGAGCUACAAACAUUUACCUAAUUAUUUGAAGCCAUGCCUUCUAUAUUUUGGAGUAUUUUUAGAAGACCAAGAGAUUCCUGUUUGGAGAUUGAUGCGGCUGUGGAUUGCUGAAGGCUUUGUGCAAAAAACAGAGGUAAAGAGUCUAGAGGACAUAGCUGAGGACUAUAUAAUGGAUCUGAUAGGGAGAAGCUUGGUUAUGGUUGACAAACAAAAAUCUAUUGGUGGAGUGAAAACUUGCCGCAUUCAUGACUUGUUGCAUGAAUUUUGUCUAAGAAAAGCCAAAGAAGAAAAUUUUCUGCAGUUGAGACGUGGUUAUGCUGGACUCUCUAAUUUUGAUGAGCCAAGUAAUACUCGUCGGUUGUCUAUUUAUUCUAAAGCAAAGCAUUUUCAGAAAUCAAGGCUAUUUUGUCCCCUUCUAAACUCUCUACUGGUCUCCAGUCAGAGUGAGAACUAUGCAAUACCAUACAAUUUCUCAUUUAUUUUGCGCAUGUUUAAACUUCUGAGAGUGUUGGAUUUGGGAAAACUUAAUCUCGGUUUUGUUUUUCCUGGUGAAAUUUCAUUGCUUGUUCAGUUGAGGUACUUGGCAUUUGGGGGUAGCAUGACUUCCAUCCCAUCAUCAAUAGCAAGCCUCUGGAACCUGGAAACGUUGGUUUUAAAAUUAUCGCCAGGUAGUCUUUUUCUCCCGGAUACUAUUUGGAAUAUGCGGACAUUGAGGUACCUCCAUGGAAGUGGUAGCUUUCUUGAUCUUAGUUUGGCCAAAUAUAACUGGGAGAGCUCCUCAGAUUUGUGUAACCUCGACACUAUGUCGGCUCUUGUGCUUGAUUUGGGGCAAAGCAUGGAUAAGAUAAUGAAAAAGUUUCCAAAUAUCCGCAAACUAAAAUGCAGUCUCCGGGAAACAGAAGAAUCUUCUGGGGAUUGGAACAAGGUUGUGGCAAUUGACUUUCUAUGGCGACUGGAGUCACUCAAGCUGUCUUUUUAUCAUGUGAACAAGAAUCAUUAUGAGUACCAUUUCCCCUUGAAUCUUAAAAAGUUGACUCUUGAAUCAUUUCCCUGGAGUGCGAUUUCCUCAAUUGGAAGACUACCUAAUCUUGAGGUUCUUAAAUUACUGGGAGCAAAAGGCUACAGGGUAGAAAUAUGGAACAUGGAAGAAGGGGAAUUCCCUAAACUCAAAUUCUUGAAGUUGGAGGCCUUGCCCGUUGUCAAGUGGACAUGCUCCAGUGAUCAUCUCCCUUGUCUUCAGAAAUUAAUUUUGCACCGCUGCAUGGAAUUGGAGGAGCUACCUUCUUGUUUGGAGGAAAUUCCAACUCUUGAAUUGAUUCAAGUACAUCGGUGUCCAGGUUCUGUUGGAAAUUUGGUUCAACAGAUUAAAGAAGAGCAGAUGAACUGGGGAAAUGUGGAUCUGAAAAUCCUUAUUUUAGAAGAGAUUUAG